AUGGCGAGCGCGCAGUUCGGCCCACCCGGCGGCGGCGGCGGUGGCAGCGGAAACCCAUUUGGCGGCGGCGAAGGGCCUCCCUCAGGCGACAACCCCUUCAGCGGCGGUGGCUUCCGCUUCUUCGAAUCCCACCGCAUCACCAUCAUCAGCGCCCACGCCAUCUGCGCCACCCUCGCCUUCGCCUUCCUCUUCCCCGUCGGCGGCAUCAUGAUCCGCCUCGCCUCCUUCCGCGGCCUCUGGCUCGUCCACGGCCUCUUCCAGAUCUUCGCCUACAUUCUCUUCAUCGCCGCCGCCGGGCUGGGGCUCUUCAUGGUGCAUGAGAUCCCUCCGCAGGCGCACGUUUGGAGCUACGCGCACCCCAUCAUCGGUCUGGUGUUGCUGGCUGUGCUGUUCUUCCAGCCUUGGUCGGGGCUAUUGCAUCAUCUUGGGUUCAAGAGGGAUCCUCGGCGCGGGUUCUUCUCUUAUGCGCAUAUUUGGAUUGGGAGGAUCGCGAUUAUACUGGGGAUCAUAAAUGGUGGCUUGGGAUUGCAGCUGUCGAGGUUCUACGGGAUUGUUCCCGCGAGCAACGGGGUGGUUGCGGGGUACAGCGUGGGAGCCGCGAUCAUGUUCCUGCUGUACUUCUUCAGCAUUGUCGUUGGGGAGACGAGGAGGAGGCGGGCGAGGCGGGCGGCGCCUUUGCAUCACAAGCGGGAACGAUAUGAUGGGAGUCGCGAGCAGGUCAGGUAUGCUUGA